AUGGUACGUACACCAAAACAAACUCUCAAAUCGAACGACCGACCAAACGGACGCAGCUUGGUUCGAAACCUCUCUGAAGUCAUCUCUUCCACACACACCUUCACCAAAAUUGCGAAGAUAAAGCCACAGACAAAGUAUGGUGUGGCAGCCACUGCGGCGGCUACCGCUCUCUGCGAGGAUGUGCGCAAUUUCACCGCACGACGUCGCAACCUUCUAUAUCUAAUGCAUCGUUAUCUCGUCGAGAAUGGCUAUUACAACAGCGCCGAGGCACUGAAGGGCGAGGGGCACCUCUCGGAGGAGUACGAACUGUGCGAUAACAUCGAUUUGGAUGCCAUAUAUUUGGAAUAUGCAAGCUUUUUCAACAUGAAAUUCGGCAAGUAUCCGAAAAUCCUCAAAAAAAGCGGACCUAAAGUAAAGCUGGAAUUGGCGAGCAGCGGAGCCAGCUCGACCCCAAAAACCAAUAAGAGUAAUGCAGGCACACCCCCAACAACGACAGCAGCCAUGGCCACAUGGCAUGCAGGCGUGGGGGCAGCGACAGCAGCCGCGGCGGCUAGCUUGGCAACUGAGUCGCCGGCGCAGUUGCAAGCCAAUCGCCUGCAGUUGCACAUUAAGAAAAUCGAGACGUCUGCGGAUCAGAGCGGCUGCGGCAACUCCUCCGUCGAUCCCCAUCUACUGGGCGAGAUCGACCACGGACAUGCCGCCGACGAUGCGCUUUUUGCCUCGCUGGACUGGCAGGUGAUAGCGGAGCUAGUCAAGACAACCAUAAUGCAUGGCGAUUCCAAGCUACGCUGGGCGGACGUGUGUGGCAAUCAGCAUGCUAUUGAACUCAUUAAGGAGGCUGUGAUCACACCCUUGGAAUAUCCGCAGUUGUUUGCGCAAGGCCUCAAGCCCUGGCGCUCUCUGUUGUUGCAUGGACCGCCCGGCAGUGGCAAAACCUUUUUGGCCAAGACCCUCUAUGCCGAAACUCAGGGUCAAGUUACCUUCUUUAAUAUAACUGCGAGCAUCAUGGUGUCGAAGUGGCGCGGAGAAUCUGAGAAAAUAUUACGAGUGCUUUUCCAUAUGGCUGCCAGGCGCGCACCUUCAGUAAUAUUCUUCGAUGAAAUCGAGAGCCUAACCUCAAAACGCGACCGGCCGACGGACCACGAAUCAUCGAAGCGUUUCAAAAACGAACUCCUGCAGCUACUCGAUGGAAUGGAGCACGCACUGAGUGGCGUCUUCGUGCUGGCCAGCACCAACCUGCCGUGGGACAUCGAUGAAGCCUUUUUGCGGCGAUUCGAGAAAAAGUUGUUGGUGCAGCUUCCCAAUGCUGCCGAGCGGGGAAGCCUCAUCACCAAACUGCUGGGCAGCAUUGUCCACCAGACGCCCCGAUCGUUGGAGCAGCUGGUGGCACUGUCCGAACAUUUUACGGGUGAUGAGAUCCGUUUGGCCUGCAAGGAGGUCAGCAUGCAGAGCGUGCGGCGGGUAAUGCGCACAAGUGUACGCGAUCAGAGGACGAAGGAGUCUCCUGCGGAUUUGGAGGCCAGUGUGGAGCGGGCUUUCAAACAAAUUCGGCCUCUUGGGCUUAAGCUCUUGGCUCGCCAUCAACAGUGGCAACAGGAGAAUGGGUCUUGAGAGGUUCUAGGAACAUGUAAUGGACACAUGUUUCCCAUAUAUUUUUUAAUAACGAUUUGCUAUAUGAGUAAAGUAAAGAAGAAAUUGUAAUU